AAGCGAAAGCUUACCUGCUCUGCGGGUUUCUCAUCUGGGUAUCCAGGCGUGGGUUCAAAUCCCACUCGCACCAUUAUUUUCAACUUUUUUUCUCCACGCGAAUGGAGACACCUUCUGCUCCCUCAUCCUCUGACUCUUCUGCGUCAAAGAGGCCUGUAUAUGAAACACAUACUACAGGGAGCUAUUGGGGAGACGUAAAGGAGGCAUUCAAGAGACUCUCCCUGGAUGACUUGCAGAAAAUCGGCGAGAUCCCAUGUGCGCGAAAUAGCUUGUUGAGUGGGAUCGCUAGCGGGGUCGGGGUCGGGGCCGUCCGCGCGAUGAAUACAAGUGCAUUUGCUGCAUCUAACUGGGCUUUUGGAACGUUUGUUGUGAUCUCGUUGGGAACAUGGCAAAUAUGUCAGAAGUCGCUCAUGCAAGAACGCCUGCGAGUACAGCAAGUUGUUGAGCAAAUGCCAAAACGAUUCGUGAAGGGUACUGAAGAGUCUUCCACUUCGGAUACCAAGUGACCUGCAGCAUCUGGCAAACUUCGCUAUUUAUUCCCGAAGCGUGUUGUGAAGGGGAUUCUUAAGGUACACAUGUACAUGGUAUUACCCACAACACGCCGCCAGCAUUUAUCGCAGCGCAUCUAGAUCUAUGGAUACAAUGGUAAUAGUAAUAAAGCUAGAUCAUCCUUCACACU